AUGUUCAACCUGACGACGACUGCUCUUGUAGAUUUUCCUCGUGAACUAGUACUCUUGCAUGAAAACGUGACGUCAAAGGACUUGUACAUCUCUCUAGCUGCUGUUUUUGCGACUCUUUGUCUCUCAUUCGUGCAGUUUUGGUAUAAGAGGACACCAACCACCUCACACGAUGAUACUAGUACUAGUGCGAGUUCGAGGGAGGCUGACCCGCUUGAGAAUGUCGACUAUGCCAAUAUAAAAGUGACCAAGUUGCUUAUACAUCCAAUCAAGAGUUGCCGUGGUACUUCGGUGUUAGAAGCCGAGUAUACCGAGGAAGGUUUGGUGCAUGACAGGAAACUCGCUAUUAUCGAUGCGAAGACGCAUAGAAUAAUCACUGCACGGGAGCUGCCUCAGAUGGUACUCAUAUACCCUCAGCUCAUUGUUGACAAGCUGGAUCAACAUGGUGGACGAAUUCACAUCUCAUUCCCCGAUGAAAGCGGCUUUGAGCAAUUCUCGAUACCGCUCAGUCCCACGGACGAAGUUUUGAGGACCUGGAAAAGGUUAGACAAUAUCGAGCUCUUCACAUGGAGUGGUAUAGAUGGCUAUGUUUGUCAAUCAAUUGACGCUGGAGACCGUGAUGCACCAACACGAGUGUUAUCCAAAUACCUCGGCAAAGAUGUCUACCUCGUUCUCAAAGGGCCAAGAGUACGACCCUGUCCACCAACGUACGAUUUCCCUGCUCUCAAAGCAAGUGCAUCAUAUCAGGAUGCGUACCCUUUACUCGUCGUUUCCGAAGAAAGCCUGGUAGCAGUACAGACCCGGCUGCGUGGCGAAGUUGGUAAUCAGGGAGUCGCGGACCGCUGGGGUACAGAUAACCUUGUGAUGGAACGGUUCAGGCCGAAUAUCGUUCUUGCUGGAGCAGGUGUUCCAUGGGCAGAGGAUACCUGGGAGACUAUACGAAUCGGAGAAAACACAUCGACAAUCACACUCGUCUCAAAAUGCACUCGCUGCCUGCUACCGAACGUCGACCCUGAGACGGGUGUGCGAGACCAGGCGAUUCCGUAUAAAGUGCUCAUGAAGUUUCGGACAGGGAAGGAUCCGGCACGUCUGAGCAAGCCGUGUUUUGGCUGCAAUGGCGUGCCAACGGGGCCGGGAGCCGUGAAGGGUAUCGUCCGUAUCGGGGACGCUUUAACGGUGGUGAAGACCAUUAUUCAGCGGCAAAAGUAG